AUGACUUGUCUACAGAAAUACAUUGAUUUGAUUCAGAAGAAUUCAACACCAGCCGUAAUAAAGAACAGGACAGUAUUCUAUUUGAGGACAUUGGACACUGAUGAUGCUGCUCUAGCACUACAGAAGUGCAUUUGUGGUAAAUCAGUAUUACUGGAUCACGAGGUAGCAUAUGUCCUAGGACAAAUGAAAAGAGAAAUAAGCAUUCCAUUUCUGAUUGGAUUGGCACAGAAUACAGAAGCAAACCCAAUUGUACGCCACGAAGCUAUUGAAGCUCUCGGAAACUUCUCAGAUAAGGGCAUCAUAGAGAAAAUUGAGCCAUUUUUGAAGGAUGAAACAGACUUAGUACGUGAAUCAGCCAUUUUGGCAAUAGACAAGCUCAAAUUGGAUUUCCAGGGUGAAUUAAGCAUUUUUGGAAGCAGAGACCCAGCACAUCCAGCAGAAACAGACGACUUGGAAAAGCUCAGGCAAAUGCUUACGACUGGAACACUGACUGAAAAGUAUCAGGCAAUGUUUAAACUUAGGGAUCUCAAUACGAAGGAAACAGUUAGAAUACUGGCAACUGGAUUCCAGGAUCCAUCUGGGCUAUUGAGACACGAAAUAAGCUACGUUUUUGGUCAAAUGGAGAAUGAACACAGUAUAGAUGUGUUAGAGAGUGUAAUAGAGGAUGAGAAUGAGGAGGACGUUGUACGACACGAAGCAGCAGAGGCAUUGGGUGCAAUUGGAACAGAAAGAUGUAAGGAGAUUCUACAGAGGCAUAAGAAUACAGAAAUACAAAUUAUAAGGGAAAGCUGUGAAGUUGGAUUAGAAAUACUUGACAAAGACAGUGAGGAAUAUUUGAAUGUGGACUAA